AUGGACAAGCAAGAUGCUGACAUCUAUCGGAAUUUACCCUUUCGAUUUCAGUCGAAAUUUAGAAGGAAUCAAAUAGCAGCAGCAUCUGCAGACAAGAAGAGCAAUGUGCAACAAAAAUAGUCUACAGGAUGUCAGAAGAGUUUGUGGGUUGUACAGUUUCUGUAAAAUGUAUUGAAGAAGUUGGAACUUAUCAAGGACAAAUAGUGGACUUAAAUAAGGAUUGUAUUAUACUUUCAAAGGCUUUUUGCAACGGGGUUCCUCAUAGCUCACCUAUAGUCGAUAUAUUGAACGUGGAAUUUAUAUCAAUCAAUGAUAAAGGAUUCAAUACUAAUGAUACAAGAUACAAUGUAAGUGACCACAAUCAAGCACAAAAUAGCAUUACUGUAAAAAGACCUAUUGCCAAAAGAGUUGGUAGAUCAUUCUCUGAAAGUGUUUCAUCUUCUGUUCAAUCCACAUCAUCACAAACACAAAGUAAUUUUAAAAAGCCAAACAGUAAUUCUCAGUCUACUUUAGAACAACCUACCAAUGGGAAAAUUUCAUUAGCUGAAUCUGUUGAUAAACCAAUGCAAAAGAAAUUAAGUAGUAAGCAGAGAAAUGAGCACACAUUUGGUACUUCAAUUGAUCAAUCUUUGAAUCAAGACUUUGAUUUUGAAAAAAAUUUAGCUCUGUUCGAUAAAGAGGCUGUGUGGCAAAAAAUAAAUUCUUUGAAACCUAAGAAACAAAAACAAGUAAAUUAUAGGCAUGAUGAAAAUGUUAUUGUUUCUGAACGUGCAGAUUUUAAACAAAUAUUAGUACCCAGUGCUGGUGAAAUAGAAUAUGUAACAGACAAUGGUUUAAUAAUUCCUAGUAUAACGCUUAACCUUCAUCGUCAAUUAAUAGGAGCAGCAGAUAGACUGGGUAUUAGUUGGGAGCGUAGAGUAGAACUUCUUGGUCGUGCUGGUGCAGAAAUUAUAUUGCAACUAUUAGGAGGAAGUCAUCGACUUAAUCCAAAUAAUGCACAUCAGUGGCCAACAAUUAUUGCACUUUGUGGACCUCAUCGUUCUGGCGCAGCAGGUGUUAAUUGUGCUAGACAAUUAUCUACUCAUGGCAUUAAGACAAUAGUGUUUGUAGAAAAUUCUGAAGACGUUUUCCUUCUACAAGAAUUAUCUUUAUAUAAAUUAACAGGAAAUAAGGUAGAAACUAAAUUUAAAAAUUUACCAUCAAUAGUGGAUUUAAUACUCGUAGCACUUUGUGAUGAAAACUCACCAAGAAUGAUCACGCCUAUAGCAAAAUGGGCAAAUAAUAAUAGGGCACCUAUUUUAGCUAUUGAACCACCAGCUACAGGAACGCCUGGUAUUCCAAGUAAAUGUAGUCUUCUUGGUGGAUUACCAUUAUCUCAUAGUGUUGACAAUGGCAAAUUAUAUUUAUGUAAUCUUGCACUGCCAAACGAAGUAUAUGCGGAUGUUGGUAUAACAUAUAGGUCUCCUUUUGGACCGAAAUUCGUCAUUCCUUUGCAUUCCAAUAAUUCUUAACAAUUUUAUAAAAAGGAUUAUAUUUCUAAUAAAAUGUUAUAAUUUAAUAUAAUUUUAGUUUUAUGCCUUGCUAAUAUAAAUUUAUACUUAAAUCGCGAAUAUUUUCCCGAAUUUAGAAAAUAAAAAUCAUGUAUAAUGUAGCAUUUAAUGUUAUAAAAUUCAAGCGUAGUUUGUGUAUAAACAGUUAUAAUUUGGUGUGCAAAGGCAAUUGUGUGUAAUUGUUCUUUUAAAUGUGUAAGUAUACAGUGUAUACAAAAUUAACAUACAAAUAAUAAAUAUACAGUGUUUGGUUUUGUAAGUUACAUAAACAAAUAAAUGCUUUUAAAUAAACAGAAUAAAUUCAAGUAAAUCUAGUAUAUCAAUUUUUAAAUAUUACAGAGUAUAAGAAUUUUACAAAUACUACUCGUAUAUUUUAACACAUAUGUUGUUUCCUACUAAUAAGUACAUAAUAUUACAAGUAUAUGAUAUUCUUUUUACAAAACAAUAUAAUUGUACAAAUUUCGAUUUACACGUGGGUCUUAUUUUCAUUUAUAAUCAAGGGUAGACAUUAAUAUUGAUAUUUAAAUCAUUUUUUAAGUAAAUUCAGCCUAAAGAAAUUACUUAUUAUAUUUAUAAUUUGUGAUAGAUAAAUUCAUGUUUACAUGUUUUUUUGCGAUAUUCAGGUUUUUUUAAGCUUCUCUUUAUCUUUUAGCUUCUAAAGUACAGAUUAAAAAAAUUUUAUUAUUCUAAUAAAACGUACUUACUUGUGUUAUUAUGUCCAUGUUUAUCGAAUAAUGUACGAAAUAUGGUAGCAUAAUUCAAAUAGUUGUAAAAACUGGUUGUAUAAGAUUUAUUUUAAUCAUAGAUAGCCUAAGUAAAUAAGUUAUUUAUAUUGUAUAUGUAAAUAUAUAUUUAUAUAUUUUGAAACUUAGUCUUGAUAUUUAAUAUGAUGAUAAAUUCUAUAAAUAAUACCAAUGUAAUUUCUUUUAAUAUUAUUUACAUUACUUUGAGUAGAUUUAGAAAUAUAAUAUAAAAAUAUAAGAUAUAGAAUGCAAGA